ACACGGGUCGACUCGACUCCCACUCGUCAACCACCCAAACCCCCCACCACUACCGAGUACCAAAUGGCGGCGGCGGCGGCGGCGGCGGCGGCGCCCUCUCCGGCUCCCUGCUUCCCUUCCACCCGCCACACGCUGCCUGGGCUCGUAUCUGUCCGCGUCUCUCGGAGAGUCAAAGUCGCCGUCGCCAUCGCCGACCCCGCUCCGGCCUUCAACUCCGUCACGGCCUUCGCGCCCGCCACCGUCGCCAACCUCGGCCCGGGAUUCGACUUCCUCGGCUGCGCCGUCGCCGACGCCUCCCUCUCCCUCGGCGACACCGUCACCGCUACCCUCGACCCCUCCCUGCCCCCCGGCACCGUCGCCAUCGCAUCCGUCACCUCCCCCUCCCGCCCCACCCUCGCCGACCGCCUCUCCCGCGACCCCCUCCGCAACUGCGCCGGAGUCGCCGCCAUCGCUGCCCUUCGCGCCCUCGAUGUCAAGUCCCACGCCGUCUCCAUCCACCUCACCAAGGGCCUCCCCCUCGGCUCCGGCCUCGGCUCCUCCGCCGCCUCCGCCGCCGCCGCUGCCAAGGCCGUUGACGCCCUCUUCGGCUCCCUCCUACACCAAGAUGACCUCGUCCUCGCGGGCCUCGAGUCCGAGAAAGCCGUCAGUGGCUUCCACGCCGACAACAUCGCCCCGGCCAUCCUCGGCGGCUUCGUCCUCGUCCGCAGCUACGACCCCUUCCACCUCAUCCCGCUCUCCUCCCCACCUGCCCUCCGCCUCCACUUCGUCCUCGUCACGCCCGACUUCGAGGCGCCCACCAGCAAGAUGCGUGCCGCGCUGCCCAAACAGGUGGCCGUCCACCAGCACGUCCGCAACUCCAGCCAAGCGGCCGCGCUUGUCGCCGCUGUGCUGCAAGGGGACGCCACCCUCAUCGGCUCCGCAAUGUCCUCCGACGGCAUCGUGGAGCCAACCAGGGCGCCGCUGAUUCCUGGCAUGGCUGCGGUCAAGGCCGCGGCGUUGGAAGCUGGGGCAUUGGGCUGCACCAUCAGUGGAGCAGGGCCAACUGCUGUGGCUGUCAUUGACGGGGAGGAGAAGGGCGAGGAGGUUGGCCGGAGGAUGGUGGAGGCAUUCGCCAAUGCCGGCAAUCUCAAAGCAACAGCUACUGUUGCUCAGCUCGAUAGAGUUGGUGCCAGGGUUAUCUCUACCUCCACUUUGGAGUAGGAAGAUCUGGGAGGACUGCUCCGGUAGGUCAAAUUUGGAAUGGCUCACAUGGACACUAGUGGGAGGAGAAGAAGGGGGGAUUGGUGUGUUUUGUAAUUCCUGGGCUGACCAGAACGAUUGUCAGUCAGUUGGGUUGUGAAUUGUGUGAUGUAGUAGCAAACUGAUUCGUGCCGGCAAUUGAAUUGCAAUAAGCUAGUGGUUGCAGCAUCACCUGGCGAGGCGUAGCUAGGAGAUGCAGAAACAGCAUUUUGACAUGUGUGGGUGUUGACAUGCAACGAAUAAAAUGAAUGAAGCUGAAUUGAGGUUUGUAUUGUA